AUGGCUUCGGUCCUCGGAAAACGCAAGGCGCCCUCCUCAUCCGUUUCCAAGACGAGCAAGCCGAUUGCGACGGCGUCAAAGAAGACUGCUGCUUCACCAGCACUGAAGAAGAAGAAGAGCACCGAGGGCAUCGAGAGACCCACCGCCGCCGUGACGAAGAAGACCUCGGCCCUACAGACGAAAGCGAAAAAGGGUAAAAAGGCACCACGGGUCGAAGAGGAGGAACAGGAAGAAGAGGAGGACACGUCCAUGUUGGAUGCGCAAGAGAUUUUUAGGCGGCACUUUGAGGCUCAGUUCAAACCGGUCGAGGCCGCGGGGGCACCGAAGCGGAAGAAGAGCAGCAAGGCUAAGGCUGGUCCCGGGGGAGACGAGGAUGAUGACGAGCACAGUGGAAGCGCAAGCGGGAGCGGAAGUGACGAGGAGGCGGUUGACGGCGGGGAAGACGUCUUUGAGGACGAGGGUGCCGACGGAGAGGAGGGAGAGGGGGAGGAGUGGAGUGGUCUUUCUGGCGACGAAGAAGGCGAAUACGAUGACGACAGUGACAUUCCCUACGACGACGUCGAAGAGAACCCCGUCAUCGAGGUCGUGGACCACACGAAAUCCAAUACCCAGCCCAUCGCCAGCAUGAGCAAGCGCGAACUCAAGGCCUUUAUGUCCUCCAAACCCCCCUCUCAAACCGACCCAAGCCCCUCAACCUCCCAACCCCCCACCGACCCAGACGACGAAAACGACAAGUCCAUGCUCGCAAACGACCUGGCCCUUCAACGCCUCCUCUCCGAAUCCCACCUCCUCGCCCGGCACGCCGUCACCCCCUUCUCCAACCCGACCUCGGCGUCAAAGACCUUUUCCGAAGGCAAACUCCGCCAGCGCCAGACGGACCUGCGCACGCAGUCCCUCGCCGGCGCGCAGGGCGUCGCGGGCGUCAAGUCCAUCUUUGCGCAAGAAAAGAUGCCCAUGGCGUUCCGAAAGGGCAUCGCCGCCAACGCCGCCGCGCGGGAGGAGAAGCGCAGACGGACGGCGAGGGAGAAUGGUAUCGUGCUGGAGAGGGAGGCGCCCAAGAAGACGGCGGGGAAGCAGAGCGGCGGCGGCGGACGGUUUGGGCAGAGGGGCCUGGACGGGCUUGAUGUCGGGAGGAUGAGGGGCGCCGAGCUGAGGUUGAGUGAAAGGGAUGUUCAGAAUAUCGAGGGAGGUGGUGGUGGUGGUGGUGGUGGUGGUGGUGGAGGACGCGGUGGACGUGGAGGUCGUGGUGGAAGGGGCGGGAGAAGUGGUGGUGGUGGAAGGGGCUCGCGGAGGUAG